AUGCUCGUCAAGAUGGACGGCGACUAUGACGUGGCAGCCGCAUCCCUCACGACGACGACGGCGACGAUUAUGAGCGAGGAGGAGGAAGUGUGCGGGCUGUACGAAGGAUACUCCACCCGCAGAUUCAUCAUUAUCACCGGCUGCACCACUGUCGCUCUUUUUGGAGUGCUCGCUAACAUGGUGAGUUGGAUUGAUGCAAUAUAUCUCUGCUCGUGUUAAAGAUAGCGAAACGUUGUCAACUGUGAAAUUGUUCAUUAAGACAUUGUGCACAUUUUUUCUCUUGAACACUUUCUGAUAUCUCUACAGACAACCCUUGUAUUCCAGCUUCUUAUGGCGGUGUUCCGGAGAUCCCUUCCUUCGUCCAUCUUCCUCGCGGCUCUAGCCACGUGCGACGCCCUCAUCUGUCUCACCUACCUACUGCUAUUCGGAGUCGAUGCGGGAAUUGUGUACCUCAAGAAUACGGUACGUCUCCUCUCUCUCUCUCUCUCUCUCUCUCUCUCUCUCUUCCUCCACUGUUCCUACUCGAAUUCCUUCCAGACCCUCUUCUUCCUCUACCAUCGUUACAUUGUUCCCGUGUUUUUCAUCGCCAAAGUCGUCCAAUUCGCAAUUCCGUUCAUUCUCAUUCUCAUCACUUUCGAACGUUAUCUCUGGACGUGUACCGAACCGAAACGGAAGACGUUCUCGGCGAUUUUCGACGAGCGCGGACGCAUUGUGACUGUCGUUUUCGUGUGUUUGACGUCCGUCGCCCUCCGGUUUCCGGUCCUCUAUGCGAUAAAAGUGAGCAUCGAAAGGAGUACGGUUGUCCGAAAAGUGUUCUUGAUUGCAGGUGGAAUCGUUCCCCGACUGCAAGGACUACUUCCGCAGCGAAUCGAUGGCGCAAACCGAGUGGGCGAUCAACAGCGAAUUGUGGCACAUCUUCGACUUCCACGUCAUCACCACCAUCCAGAUGCUGUUCCCGUUCGUCGUUCUGCUUCUUCUCAAUCUCACAAUCAUCAAUAGGCUCGUGGCGGAGAAACGGGAGAAUGUAAGGAAAGAGAAGCCAUCUUCCUAACUUUGCACAUUUAUGAGUCUUGUACCUCUAGUGGAAAUUAUAGGCCAAUUGAAUCAUCUGGCAAGAAAGCCCGGAAGAACCGGCUUUUCGGCCUUACCGUAGUCAAUUCUAGACAGUAUGUAUAUCUCGGCUGUCAACUAACAAAUUGCUCAUUAAGACAUUGUGUACAUUUAAUCAGUUGACCACUUUUUGACAUCUCUAUAAUUAUAUAGACUAUAAAAUAACGAGCCACAUCUUUUGAAAGAAUCUCCAGAUUAGAUAAUCCGACUAACACUGAAAACACUUCUCGCCGAAACCCACAUUCGUGAAAAGUUCUUCUCAUCCCGACCCGAUUCCAGAUGUACCCGGUGCUCCGCGGAACCGGCACGACGACAGAAGCCAAGAAGGUCUCUUUCGUGCAGGGAAACCUUCCGGAGAACUACGUUCUUCUGCAGGUCGCCGCCGACGUCAUCAAAGAGUCGCUGAUCCAUAGGUGAGUGAGUGGCGGCGCUCAGUUUUAAGAAACGAGCAAAGGGGUUGAGUUUAUCUCAAAACGCAAUCGAAAACGGUGGCGAAGAAGUGGCGCCAGGAGACGUGAGUUCAUGUGAAGAGUUGCCACGUCAUCGGCCAUCCAUCUUCCACACUUUUGUGUUGGCGCUCAGGGAGUGAGUCGCAACUGGAACGAAGGACCACUUCUGCGCAUGAUUCAGUUCCCCGCUUCUACCGUAUCCUCCACUUCUUCUUCUUUUUCUUCUUCUCGUCACUACCGUAUCCCUAAUCUACCGUAAUCGCUUCCAGAUCAUCGCGAAGUAAGAGAUCGCAACUUCGGAAUGCAAUUUACACAAUGCUGGCGAUCGUAACCUCGUACCUCGUGUGCAACGGAGUCCAUCUCUUCCUGACCAUCCUCGAAAGAUUCGACCCUUCCUAUUUGUACGACUCGGUCGACAGUAGCCAAUCCAGCACGUUCUACAUCGGUACCCGUUCGGCUACCGUAUCCCUAUUCUCAUGUUCCGUUUUCAGUUCUCUCCGAUACCGUAUCCAUUUGCUACAUGGUCUCGUCGGCCAUCCGAAUCUUGAUCUACGCGAAAUGCAAUCCUAAACUGCGUCAAGAGAUUGCAGAUUACGUGCAGCGGCGAAAAGUGGACAUUCAAAUGACUAGCUCCUAA